AUGGCGGCGCAAAAACGCGCGCACAUGCUGAGGGUAUUCCAGCAACCACCGGAGGCAGGGACACCACCGCCACCACCACGACCCACGGAGCCUCCAGAGGCAACAACACCACUGCCCUCACCGCCACACACACCAGUACAACCAGAGGUAGCACCACUGUCAGCGUCACCCCCCCGAACACCAGCACCGACUGAAGCAGUAUCACAACCACAAUAUUCAGAAGUACCUUCGACGAGCACUAGAGCUGCAAGGGGAAACAUUACCUCUGCGGAAAUUCGCAGUAUGUGGGCUACCUACAAGGUUCGUGAUCAACUGGGGACAGCGGAGCAAUGUAUUCAGUUUGCUGAGGAGAACGGGUUGGUGUUGCGCAGCACACUUUGUUCUACACACAGAACACCGAUGCCCAUCUACUCCAAGGGUAAUUCAGAUUUGGGCAGCUUUUGUUGCCGGAUGGGGCAGUGCCGGACCAAGUCUAGCGUUCGAAGAGCCAAGGGGACUUGGUUCGAGAACGCUAAACUGUCACUGCCCCACAUAUUCUACUUAAAGUACUGUUAUUCGCGUCGUUUUACCCAGUUUAACGUUCAACUGGAGGACUAUUUUGGGGGCCCCUGCUUGUCAAGCAGGACAAUUACCGACUGGUGUAGUUACCGCAGGGAGGCAGUGGUAAUAUACCAAAUUGACAAGCAGGAGCAUGUCGGCAAAAUAGGCGGUCCAGGUAAAAUCGUCCAAAUAGACGAGAGCAAAUUCGGAAAACGCAAAUUUAAUAAAGGGAGGAUAGUUGAGGGUCACUGGGUCCUGGGGAUGAUUGAGGACGGCAGCGAGUACCUCAGGCUGGAAGUGUGCCCGGAAAACGUCCGGUUCGCGGAGGUGCUCAUACCUCUUAUACAAAAACAUGUAAUCGAGGGUACAAUAAUCCGUACAGAUUAUUGGAAAGCGUACGACUGCCUAUCGAGUUAUGGGUAUGAGCACCAAAAGGUCAAUCAUAGUGACCCAGAAAACCCUUUUGUCGCGCCGGAUGGAACCCACACCCAACGCAUCGAGUCACAAUGGCGGGUUGUUAAAAGCUUUUUUCACAAAGAUAAUUUUAACAACCCCGCCAACUUUGCAGAUUUGGUUGUUGAAUUUUUGUGGCGGAAGUCUAUUUUGAAAAAUCGCGAACAUCCAUUUACUAAAUUAAUUGACGCCAUUAAACGUACAUAUAAACAAAAGUAA